AUGCAAAACCCCCGAUCGGAACCGAUCCACGUGAUGCAGCAUUUCGCGCCGAUCAACAUCAUCUUCCGACACUUGCAGCAGCAGACAAGAGUAUCGCUAUGGCUCUACGACAAUGUCGACUUUCGUAUCGAGGGCAAGAUCAUUGGCUUUGAUGAGUUCAUGAACGUAACAUUGGCGGAUGCGGAAGAAGUAUGGACAAAGAAGGACAACAAGCGGGUAGAGCUCGGCCGCAUCUUGUUGAAAGGCGACAACAUUACCGCGGCCAUCGUAGGCAGCUCGUUUCUGUCGGUGUACGGCAAAAUGGUAUCUUGA